CAAAUAAUAUAAAUAAUUUCGAUAACCCAAUCUUCUUAUUUCUCUCAGAUCCCAUCAUUCCAUGAACCACCAGCACAUUAUUAAAUUAAAGUAGAGAAUGUGCCCCCACCAUUAUAAUAAUUUAUCAAUUUUCCUUGCAGAGAAUUUCGUCUCCUCUCAACAAUUUGCUCUCUCUGAAUUGUUCCUCUCUGAAUUGUUACUUACUGUGUGCGUAAGAGAAUCCCUCCUUUUUAAUUCUUCUGGUGUAAUCUAGCAACAGUUUUUUGCUUCUUUUUUCUUUUCUAUGAUUUUUUAUGGUGGGGUUUUAAUCCAUAUUUCUGAGGCUAAUACUCUUCGGCUAAUCUAUCAUGGCAUGAAAUGGAUGCUAAACAGACCCUUGAAACUGUCUAAUUUAUUAGUUAUUUCUUAAUAGUUAACUUGGAUUGGAUGUUCUGUUGCAACCUGCAAUUGUUUGUACGUUAUAUAUAUGCAUAAAUAGCACAUGUCCUACUUCCAGCGGUUGGGGGAUAUGAAUUACAUGGCGGAAGAGGCAGAAAUGGUCGAUUUCGUCGAUGAAAUUGAUGGAGGAGCCGCCGCCGGUGUGGAAGAUGUUGAAGCCAAUGAAUACGACUUGCUUACCAAGGCUACGGAUACAUCUUCUGGGCAGGCCAGGAAUGGGCAAGACAUACAGGGUAUUCCCUGGGAAAGAUUGAAUAUAACCAGGGAAAAAUACAGAUUGACCAGGCUUGAGCAGUACAAGAAUUAUGAGAACAUUCCAUUAUCCGGCGAAGCUGUCGAUAAGGAGUGCAAACAAAUGGAGAAGGGAGGCCACUACUAUGAAUUCUUCCAUAAUACUAGAUCGGUUAAGCCCACUAUACUUCAUUUUCAGCUCAGGAACUUGGUUUGGGCCACUUCGAAACAUGAUGUAUAUCUGGUGUCGAAUUAUUCAGUCAUGCACUGGUCAUCCAUAUCUGGCAAUUUGUCCGAGGUCAUCAAUUUUGCAGGACAUGUAGCACCGUCUGAGAAACAUGCUGGAAGUUUGUUAGAAGGUUUCACCCAAACUCAAAUUAGCACCAUAGCAGUCAAAGAUAAUUUUCUUGUUGCUGGAGGCUUCCAAGGAGAGCUUACUUGCAAACGUUUGGAUAAGCAAGGAGUUAGCUUUUGUACCCGCACAACAUACGAUGAUAAUGCCAUCACGAAUGCUAUUGAGAUAUAUGAUGGCAUGAGGGGUGGAAUCAAAUUCAUGGCAUCCAACAAUGAUUGUGGUCUUAGAGAAUAUGACUUGGAGACGUUUCAGCUUUUGAAUCACUUCCGUUUCCCUUGGCCGGUGAAUCACACAUCAAUGAGUCCAGACAGUAGGCUGAUGACAGUUGUCGGAGAUAACUUGGACGGAUUGCUGGUGGAUUCACAGAGUGGGAAGACUGUAUCCACUGUAGAAGGACACUCCGAUUAUUCUUUUGCAUCAGCAUGGCACCCAGAUGGACGUGUUUUUGCCACAGGCAAUCAGGAUAAGACUUGCCGGGUGUGGGAUAUAAGAAAGUUGUCAUCGCCUACUGUGAUACUCAAGGGAAACUUGGGUGCGGUUCGUUCAAUUCGUUUCUCAUCAGAUGGCCAAUUCAUGUUCGUAGCUGAACCUGCAGAUUUUGUGCAUGUUUAUAGCACACGAGAUGACUACAGAAAGCGGCAAGAGAUUGAUUUCUUUGGUGAGAUUUCAGGAGUAGCUCUCAGCCCAGAUGAUGAAUCUUUGUCUAUCGGAAUCUGGGACCGGACUUAUGCGAGCUUGCUACAGUACAACAAAAGACAUAAAUAUGGUUAUCUCGAUUCCUACUUGUGAUUGUGUGUCAAAGCAUCUUCUUCACUAGCUUGCUGCUCAAUCUUGUAUCCACCAUUUUGUGUUGUAUUCAUUAGGUCUGAUUGAAAUCAAAGAUGAGGAUAGAAUAAGACACUCCUCGUUAGAACUUUGCUUAGAGAGCAUGUACAGUAACAUUUUGAUCAUUACAUGAAAUGAAAGACGCCUUCGUCAACUUCAUUUUUCUUUCAA